AAUUUGGUCAUCAACGACAGUGACUGCUCCAAGAUGACGAAGGCUAGCAAAGAGUUCCUCGUUAAGCAGCAGAAGGUUUUCGACUUGCUGUGGCGCGUCGAUCAGCCGGAACUUAAACCUGAGCUCUACGCCCUGGGAAAGUCAUACAAGAUUGAAGUGGACUUGAAUUGUUACUCAAAUCAGGAUGCCGUUAAAGAAUUGCUGGCACUGCAUCAGCGCGGGAUGCUGUCUCGUGGAAAAAUCUUUUCGAUUUUCCACUCGGACCACCUGCACGAGGCCAUAGCUCUUUUCAAGGUACUUUAUCACUCCAAGGACUUUGAUAUCUUCUGCAAGACUGCCGCUUGGGCUCGAAUCCACGUUAACGAGGGGAUGUACGUCUACGCCUUCAGCGUCGCCGUAAUCCGCUACCCCGAAACCUUUCGAAUCCGACUUCCUUCUCUCCACGAGUUAUACCCUCAUCUCUUCUUCAAGAACGAAGUUAUCCGAACUGCUUACGACGCGAAACUCUACAACGAUCCCACCAAGACCGUGGCGUCAUCCGAUGGUGCAAUUAUCAUUCCGGAUAAUGAUUCUAUCCCAUCCUCGGAGUGCUGCUCCCACGACGAAUAUAAACUUCGUUACUUCACCGAGGACGUAUAUUCCAAUGAAAUACAUUACUUCUCUCAACUUAGUCAUCCAUUCUGGAUGAAAUCUGGAGAAUUCGGACCCCACUUCCCAAAACGCGGUGAAGUAUAUUUCUAUGCAUUGAGGCUCCAACUUGCCCGCUACAACAUGGAACGGUUCAGUAACGGCUUCGGGGAGAUCGAAGAUUUCGACUGGAGUUAUCCGAUCCCGCACGGUUACCAUCCUAGCAUGAGCUAUCACAACGGUUUGCCGGUCCCUCACCGAAGCGACGACGUCAUGCUUCCCAAUCAUAAGCUCGGCUUGAUCAAGGAGCUUCGCAAUCUUGAACAACUUUUCGCGUCGGCAAUCGAUUCGGGAUUCGUCUUUCACAAAAAUGCUACAUUCGAAUCUAUUCGCACUCGAAGUGGUAUCGAGGUUCUCGGUAAUCUCAUCCAAGGAAACGCUGACUCCGUCAACCAUGAUUUGUACGGCAAUUACGAGAUGCUUGCUAGAGACGUGCUCGGCUUCAGCCCGGCGCCUCGUGGCAAAUACGACGUUGUGCCGAGCAUCAUGCAGGUCUACGGCCUGAGCCUACGUGACCCGAUGUACUGGAGUCUUGUCAAGAGGAUCAUGAGCUACCACAAGAAAUUCGUGUCAUACCUGCCAAAGUACACGUACAAAGACUUGGCCUUCCCCGACGUAAAGAUAGAAUCCGUGGAUGUCGACAAGGUCGAGACGUAUUUCGAUGAUGUCGACUAUCUGAUCUCGGCUGCGGUGAAAAUACGCAACGCAGACGACAAAACUUUGAUCAAGGCUCGACAGCACCGGUUGAAUCACAAGCCUUACACCUACCACAUCACUGUGAACAGCAAGGCAGCCAUGCAGGGCUACUUGAGCAUCUACAUGGGACCCAAAUAUGAUUUCAACCACGAAGAGAUUGAUCUCACCAAGAACUACGACCAGUUCAUACUUCUGGACGCAUGGGGCGUUGAUCUCCAACCCGGGAUCAACAAAAUCAAACGCAGCAGUGCCGAAUCUGAAUACGUAGGGUGCGACCCAGUGAGCAGCGAUGUGUUCUACCGGGAAAUCGAGAGAGCUAUCACGGGUGAAACCAUUUACGAGAUGCCCAAGUACCCUUACAGAUAUCCGGAGCGCCUGGUUAUCCCUAAGGGAUCCCCGGAGGGUGUGCCCUUCCAGUUCUUCGUCCACGUUACUCCCUACGCCGAAAAGAGCAUGUACCAUUUCCAUUCUGCGAUGUUCGGAGAAAAGAAAAUUUUGGACAAGCCUCUAGGAUUCCCGCUGGACAAACCGUCGAACUUCAACAUCGCUGAUCUGCCGAAUGCGUACUUGAAAGAAUUCAGAGUUUAUCACAAGGAAGAAUCGGAAAUCAGUGAAAGCGCCUAAUUCAGUGAUCUGCAUCGCCAUUUCCGCUUAUUGUGAAAGCUUAUUGUAAAAUACGAUGUAAUGUAGUCUCUAAACAUAUAAAUAAAAACGUUCGAAAUUACGCUACUCUGUUCGAUGCUCAUGGAAUAUAUGACCAUUUGUACUGGAUCUUGAUAUUCUUUAGACAUUCCACGCCUUUCAAUAAACACUGCUUUGUUUA